ACUUAGAGGAAAUAUUGAGGAAAUAUGUUUAUAUAGGCCUCUUGCUCAAGCCACUUGCUUCUUCUUCUCCUCUGACAGCAAAGAGACAAUUCCCUUCUCUUUUCAUUCAGAGAAUUAAGAAACCUGAGACUCUGGUCUGGUUUAAGAAUGUUCUUAGAUCCCGUGACAUCUUCAAGCUUUUGAGAAGUGUCUCCUCUACCAAGUCCCAUUUGCUCCAAACUUCCUCUCACACUCAACAUUCUUGAAAAAUCUCAAAAUUUCCUUAACCAACAACAUCUUCUGAUUCUUCCGGCUUUCUGCAGUCAAGGGAUGUGCUCGGAAAUAAGUAGUCCUCCUCGUAUGUCAUUUUCAUAUGAUGCAGGACCAAGAGAUAUCACAACUAUGGAAUCCAUCAAGGCUGAAUCAGGUUCCUUCUGCCUUUCGGACAGGAACUCCGAUUUCGAGUUCAGCAUCUGCCAAAGCUUUGACUAUGAAUCUUCUUCGGCUGACGAGCUUUUCGCGAAUGGCAUGAUUCUUCCGGUCCAGAUUCAGCAGAGGAACAACACCGCUACUCCAAAUCGUACUUCAAAAAAUGAAGGUGAAGCACAUCCUUCUUCUUUACUUCGUCCAAUCCCUUAUCCUCCAAGUGAUGUCACCAAAAAGAAUGCAAGCAUAAAGGAGAUCGCAGUGUCAAGCUUGGACUCAGAGGAAAAGCCCAUCUCCAAGUCUUUUUGGGGGUUCAGGAGGAGUUCAAGUCUCAACUCAGAAGGUGUCCAAAAGAAGAGCUUGAUUUGCUCAUUCCCACUUUUGUCGAGAAGCAAUUCAACUGGUUCGGCUCCGAAUCCCAAAAAAGCACCACAGAAGCAACCAUCUAUUACAUUGCGAAAAUCGUCGUCAACAUCAUCGUCUUCUUCAAGUAAUGUGAAUUCAAGGCCUCAAAAGCCUCCGUUGAAGAAGAACAGCCACGGAACUUACAACGGGCACAGGGUUAGAGUUAGUCCAGUAUUGAACGUGCCAACUCCUUCCAUUUCGAAAGGGACGGCUAAUUUCCUAGGUUUGGGUUCGUUUCUGGGGAAUGGAAAGGAUAAGAAGAUUAGGAGAUGAUUUUGUUGACUGUGAUCAGAACAAAACCAGAGACCAGAAACAAGAAAGAACAGGAAUAACAAGAAGGAUCAUAGAUGAGCUAAUGAAGAGAUAGAGAGAGAGAGAGAGAGAGAGAGAGAGAGAGAGAGAGAGAGAGAGAGAGAGAUGAAAAUAGAGACAACAUAGAAUCUUGGAAUGUUGAUAUCUAAGGAAUUGUCAUCCCCUUGUUUCAGGGCUGUCUGCUGUCCUUUUGGCUUUCUGAUUUCUCUUCAUUCCAUGGCUCUUUCAAUUUUUUUUCCUUUAUUUUUGGGCGUUUGUGUUUAUUUUAAAAGGUGCUUUUGGACUUUGGUUUGUGAUUGAAGAUACUUUGUUUAUUUAAUCACUAUGGAUCUUUCUUUAUGAGAA